CCUCAUCCUAUUCCCCCUCCUUGUAUACCGUACGAUUCUUAAACCUCUUUCUUACCCACCUCCCACUCUCUCUCCCACCACCCCUCAUUCAAUUGAACAAUCCCAACCAGCAACCACCAUGUGUCCCCCCGCGAUCAUCGCCCCCUCCAUCCUGAGCGCCGACUUCGGCACCCUGGGCAGCGAAUGCUCAACCAAGAUCGCCCAGGGCGCCGACUGGCUGCACGUCGACAUCAUGGACGGCCACUUCGUCCCCAACAUCACCUUCGGCGCCCCCGUCGUCUCCGCGAUCCGAUCCCAUGUCGCCCGUCCCACGGAAGCGCACGGCAAGGGAACCUUUGACUGCCACAUGAUGAUUGCGGAGCCCCACAAAUGGGUCAAAGAGUUCCAAAAGGCCGGCUGCGACCUCUACUGCUUCCACUACGAAGCGGCCGUCUCCUCCGUCGCGGCCACCGAGCCCGCCGACAGCACCACCACCCGCCACACCUCCCCCAAAGAGCUGAUCCGCUACAUCCACGAGCAAGGCAUGCAGGCCGGCAUCGCCAUCAAGCCCGAUACCCCCGUGGACGUGCUCUGGGAGAUUUUGGAAGCCGAGGAUGCGAAGGAGAAGCCGGAUAUGGUUCUCGUAAUGACAGUGCACCCCGGGUUCGGCGGCCAGAAGUUCAUGGCCUCGGAGCUCCCCAAGGUCAAGGCCCUCCGGGAACGCUACCCGGACCUCAACAUCGAGGUCGACGGCGGGUUGGGCGUGGGCACGAUCGACCAGGCGGCCGAGGCGGGCGCCAAUGUCAUCGUCGCCGGGUCGGCGGUCUUCGGCGCCCAGGAUCCCGCCGACGUCAUCGAGAAGCUGCGCCAGGCGGUGAACAAGUAUCGGAAAGAAGAGUAAAUAUUACCUACCUUGCCCUCCCUCCCUCCCGCGUGUCGAAAUAGAAGUCUUUUGAUUCUGCCUCUCUGUGCGUGUGACUAUACCAUUAGCAUCAUGUUUCUUCUCUUGUUUAUAUGGGGUUUGUGUGUCUGAUUGUUUAAUUUUCUUCUUCUGGGCUCUUAUUAGUUCGGUUGCUGGAGCCCGUCGCAGUAUGCUUUGACCCGGAGAUAUGGAAGUAAAGAGAUAUGAUAGUAAACAGUCGAGAGUUCUAGAGCUACGAUUUAAUGAAAGUCCGGAGACAUGCUACCGAUGAUCAUCUGCAAUUUCUGUCGAUAAUAACGACAACACAAUGUCAAACAUACAAUG